UGUGAUUAACAGCCUCAGAAAGAAUUGAAUACGUGUUACAACACGAUGGUGGUCGAAGAAAAAAGUAUCGAGACGUUGAAAGAAAAUCAAAUAAACGAUGAUGCCAUACUGACAGGACAGAAAAUGUUCUCGUUGAAAAUUUUGAAAAUUAUAAAAGAUGCACAGCAACAACAUGGGUUAAGGCAUGGUGAUUAUCAACGAUACCGGGGUUAUUGCUCAAGAAGGCUUAGGCGCCUUAGGAAAGUAUUAAAAGUGCCACAAGGAGACAGGCGUCAUUUUAAAAGAAGAGACAUAACAACCACAAUGGUUACUGAUGAUAAAUUUUUACAAGUUCCCCUAAUACUGGCAGAACGUGCUUGGAGUUAUGCCAUGCAAUUACGUCAAGAAUCUAACACAGAGCCAAGGAAAAAAUUUCAUUUGAUAUCAAGGCUAAGAAAAGCUGCUACAUAUUCUUUACAAUUACAAGAAUUAAUAGAGAGUGUCAACUGUGAUGCAAGGACAAAGUUAGAAGCACAAGCUUACGUGGCAUGGAUACAUGGAUCCUUACAUUUUGAAUUACAAUUAUGGAAAAAAGCAAUGGAGAACUUGAAAAAGGCUCAGGUGGUAUAUGGAAAAUUGGCCUCUGCACUACCAGAAUCUGAGCAAAUAAUGUACAAUGCUCGUGUUGAAGAGCUUGCACCAAACCUUAGAUACUGUGCUUAUAACAUCGGAGAUACGACUGCCAUAGAUGAUUUAAUGCAAAUGAGGGGACAAUUGAGUGGUGAAUUGCUUGCCAGUUUAGAUUCCUUGAUAGCUCAGACUCGAGAAAAACAAGCAAAUGUCGAAGAAGUGACCUGGCGUGGCCAUUCUUGUGGUGUAGUACCACCAAGAGCUGCUGGUCUUUUAAUUGCUGAUUCUAGACUAAAUCAAACGUUAGAAAAGGCGGCAACGAAUCAAGCUAAAAUCGAUUUGUUGGAAGCACACUUAAUAGAUUGUAAAGAUGCAAUCUCGACUGUACGAGAUCUGUUCAAGAAUGAGUUAAAAAACAAGGACAACGACAAGCUGGCACCUUCACAGCAUUUAAUUACAUAUUUGCAAUAUAUUAGAUUAUCCCGCACGCUAGAAAGGAAUUUAGCGUUGAUUAAAGCGGCGGAAGAGUCCGCGAAAACGAAGCCACAAGAUAUUGUACGAUUAUACGAGGCAACGCUUCACAUACUUGUUGAAAUAUCACAGUUACAAGAUGACGAAGAAUUUGUGCGCGAACAGGAAGCUAAAACCAAGGGUUACAGAGCUUUCAGGUGUUACUACAUGGCGCAAUCGCUGGCAAAUCUUCAUCGUUGGCGAGAAGCUAUGGCUUUAUAUCAAAGGUCUGCACGACAUGUAAAAGAUGCAUUAGAAUAUGACAAAGUGCUUCCAGAAUCUCUAAGAGAAGCUCUCCAGAAACUGGAGCCUUCUAUAGAAGGUGCCAAAUAUGCAGCACAUGCACACAGUGUUUUAGAAGAUGGACAAGAAGAAGAACCCGGUACUAAUAAAUACACGAAAACAAAGAAACCUCUGUAUAAACGUUUACACGAAUAUAGAGAAGAUAGUGCACUUCUUACGAAGCAACCGAACGUUUACAAAUUACCACCGUCUAUGCAACCUAUCUCUUGCAAACCACUAUUUUUCGAUUUGGCCUUUAAUAUGGUUGAAUUCCCUGACUUGAGCGAAAAACUCGGCGACCAAGGUAAAAAAGGAGGUCAAGUUGGUCUUACAGGAUUUGUUAAAGGUCUUUGGGGUUGGGGCAAUAAAUAAAACAAAGAAAUAACCGGAAAACAUUGAACUUUGGAUAU